AUGAGAGAGAGUAAGGACUGCCCAGCUGAAGUAUCCCAGUGGUUACCAAGGGUGCAUUCCCUCGUUGUCGGCCCAGGGCUUGGGCGCACUGAUCUCAUACUGGAUAAUGCUCGUAAUAUUAUCGAACAGGCGAAGGAGAGAAGCUUGCCACUUGUUAUUGAUGCUGACGGGCUUUAUUUGAUUACUGAAGACCCAUACAUUAUAUCUGGAUAUGAAAGGGCUAUCCUUACACCAAAUGUUGUGGAGUUUGAUAGACUGUAUGAGAAAGUUGUUGGGGAGGCACCAAUGCAGUCAGAACCUGUGGUCAAUGUGAAGACACUGUGUGAAAAGAUGGGUAAUGUUACAAUAGUACAGAAGGGAGAAAAUGACAUCAUCUCCGAUGGCAAGAAAGGUAACUCUGAGUGA